AUGGCCUCACGCUCAACAGGAAAGCGCCUACCAAUCAGCUGCCAGGCCUGUCGAACACGCAAAAUUCGUUGCUCCCGCGAUGGCCGGCCGUGCCAGACCUGCGUACGACGCGGUCUAGGUGCCGAAGACUGCAUCUACCUCGGCCAGCCCAGACUUUCAGCUGAGCAGUCAUCACCAGGGGACAGCGCAAUGCAGUCUGAGUUGCUGGCUAGGAUUCGGAACCUGGAAGCUUUGCUCCAGAGACAAAUGAGUUCACAGGCUGGCACGCCCACGGGUGGCGCAGUGUCGCCACUGGGUGGUACGAGUGCAGCUGGCAGUUUCUCCGAGUCUGAUAUUGGUCCAGGGCUGGAGUGGGAUAACUUCAGCUUUAUGAUGGAGAACGUUGGCUCGUUGCAUACCUCGCCUUCCGGCCAUGUCCGUUACGUGCCACUUGCCUCGCAAUGGGAGUCUUUGGUGGCGAAGAGCCCCGCUGCGGAGUGCCUCAGGAACAAUGAUUCGGAUAUUGUGGACGAUGAUGACGAUCUGCAGAUCCCGUUGGCUAAGAAUGGGACCAUCUCGAGAGAGGAGUUAAUGACCACUCUCCCGCCUGGUAGCUGCUGUGGUAUUUUGAAGGAUGUCUUCUUCCAGGUGUUUUCUACAGUCUUCCACAUUCUUCACGACUUGACUUUUGAAGCUGAAUAUCAACAAUUCUGCCAUGACCCUGGCAGUGUAUCUUUAUCAUGGCUGGCCUUGCUGUUCGCCAUUCUUUCGAUAGCUGUGACCGCACUUGAUGAUGACCAUCCAUUGCUGUCCGAUCUCGGACGAGAGCGGACGGUAAGCCGGAAUAUCAAAGUCCUGUCGUCAAGGUACCGUUCUGCCGCAUUGCGUUGUCUCGCCGCCGAUGGGGUGAUGUCUCGACAUUCAAUCAACUCAUUACAAGCCUUGGUACUCAUCAUGUACGCCCGAGCUCACCGAGGUCUACCAAUUUUUACGCUGCUCGGAUUCACCAAUCAUGUCGCGAUAUCAAUGGGCUGUCAUCUUGAUCCAGAGAGAUUUUCUUUGGGCCCCAUUGAGCGCGAGGAACGACGCCGAGUGUGGACCGGGCUUAUGAUGCUCUACACCAUCCAAAACACAACUUUGGGCAGCUUAGACCAACAAAAUCUGACGCAAGAUGUGAGAAUGCCCGCAGAUAUCGAUGAUGUGGAUCUCCUCACCAGCCCAAAUAUGACCAGAUCGGCACCUUCGCCAGCAGCGUCCCGUCCGACUCAAAUGACAUACCUCCUACUCAACUUCCGACUGAACAAGAUUUCAUCCAAAAUAUGUGAAUCGCUUUUUAGCUACUCGAGGACAUCUCGCUAUGGAAUAUCCACCCUUGAAGCAGAAAUGAUCUCAAUAUGUGGAAUGGUGGAUGCUCGUUAUACACCCGACGCCAACGAAUCCUUGCCUAUCCACCAUCAAGCAAACCACCACAUCCUCUACAGCCAAAUUCACCAAAUGUUUCUUCUUCUCUAUCGUCCAAGCCUCUGCCGCUACUUGCAGGGUGAUAUAACUCCUGAUACUAGCGCUUCAAGAGCUAAAUGCAUUGCUUCCGCAAAGGCUUCCAUCUCAAUCUUCCAGACUUUACUCGAGUCAUCAUGCUUCAAACCAUAUAAAUGGUAUACCAGUGGACUGGGAAGCUUCCAUACUUUCCACGCCGCUGUUACUCUGGCAGUCAUUCUCUUGAUCCCAGAAAGCCAAUCAGAAUACAAAGAGAUUAAAGAGAUUCUCGAUCGAGCAUUGGAAAUGUUCGCUUCCGUCUCCGUCCGCAGCGUCUUCUGCAGCAAAGCCGUCCCCAUUCUCCGGCAGAUGAUCGACGUCGCCGCAGCAAAGUACAAUCCCAAUAAUCCUACCCACUCUCAAAUCCACCUUCAAGCUCAAGCCCAGGCCCAGGUCCAGGCUCAUGCACAGCUCCAGCAAACACAAGCAAAUAUGCAAAAUCAAUUGCUCAACACCGCUCAUACACCUCUUUCUUCAAUCUCCACUAUGUCCUCUAUGUCUGCUCUCUCCCCUGUGGGCAUGCACGACAGCUUUGUUCUGUCGCACCCUCAUUCGCAAUCCGGCUCACCGGUUCCAACUACUGGAUCCUCGACAAGUGAGCCGCCUAUGCAUUCUGGAUUUGGACAAAUGCAUCCGCAGAAUUGGAUAGGUCCUACCUCGGUACCGUGGGAUUCAUUGGGUCCAGCCAUCGGGGGAUACAUUUACGACUCGGGUCCCUAA